AUGUCCUCUCAAAAUGUUUCAAUCAAAAACAUUUCUGAGUUCGUAAUUUCAGGAUUUGACACUGUAGAGCACAAACUGCCCAUUGGAGUUGUUUUGCUGGUGGUUUAUGUGCUUACAAUGCUUGCUAACACUGCAAACAUAUGCUUUAUUGUCAUGGACAAGCGUUUGCACCAGCCCAUGUACAUUUUCCUUUGCAAUUUGUCUUUAGUGGACAUGCUGUAUAGCAGCAGUACCUAUCCUAGUAUGAUCGGCAACCUUAUCAUUGGUUAUAAAGCCAUAUCUUAUAUCCCUUGUGUUCUUCAGAUGUGUGGUUUUCAUUUAGGUGGAGUAAUGGAGAUGUUUGCUAUCGCCGUAAUGGCACUGGAUCGUUUGAUUGCCAUAAGCAAUCCUUUACGUUACCACUCCAUUUUAAACACCACCCGUACUGUUGUAAUUUCUGUUUUGCUGUGGAUGGUGGCAAGUGCUAUUUUGACCGUCAUCCCAGCUACUGUUCUUCCUCUGCCCUUCUGCUCUUCCACUAUCCAGUAUAUUUUUUGUGAGUAUGCUUCUCUUGUGAGGGCCACCUGUGUGAAUCCAAAUCCUUAUUUUAAUAUGAUAUCCACUGUGACUUUUGUACUGUUGUUUGGGACAUUCGCGUUCAUCUGCCUGUCCUAUUUAAGGAUAGUGAUCGCUGUUAUGAGAAUGACCUCAAAGGCCGACAAAAAGAAAAUGUUUCAUACGUGCUUUACUCACUUGAUAGUGAUAGUUUGUUUUUAUGCUCCGAUGUUCGUACGAAUAGUCUUGACCCGGAUUGGUGUGGUUUUAACAUUAGGGGAACGUAAUGGACUACUGCUAAUGUCCAUCAUCUGCCCUUCUCUAGUCAAUCCUUUCAUAUACUGUUUCAGAACCAAAGAAAUCAGAAACAAAAUUUUUAGAAUUGUGUCAAAAGUUGCACCUGAAUAA